AUGAUGUGCUCUUUGUAUGGGGCUUUACUUUCUGCUUCGUUGCAGCUGGCCCGGAUUCAGACAGACAGCGUAGUCGAGAUGCUCCGUGAGCUAUACCCUGACCUCCGCUUUGAGAUUGUUGCCAUGUCAACGACUGGAGACAAGAUCUUGGAUACAGCACUUUCCAAGAUCGGGGAGAAGAGCCUCUUUACCAAAGAGCUGGAAAAUGCACUUGAAAGAAAUGAAGUUGACCUCGUGGUUCACUCCUUGAAGGACCUGCCGACUUCUCUUCCUCCUGGCUUUACCAUCGGCGCUGUCUGCAAAAGGGAAAACCCACUCGAUGCUGUUGUCUUUCAUCCCAAAAACUGUGGGAAAACGCUGAGCCUCCUUCCGGAAAAGAGUGUGAUUGGAACCAGUUCACUUCGGAGAGCAGCCCAGCUCAAGAAGAAGUUCCCUCAGUUAGAAUUCAGGGAUAUUAGAGGCAAUUUAAAUACCCGCUUAAAGAAGCUAGAUGAGAAGGAAGACUUUGGUGCCAUCAUCCUGGCUGCUGCUGGGCUGAAGAGAAUGGGCUGGGAGAAUCGCAUUGGCCAGCUCCUAAGCCCUGAAGAUUGUCUGUACGCUGUCGGACAGGGUGCCUUAGCAGUGGAAGUUCGUGCCAAAGACCAAGAGAUACUGAAUAUGGUAUCUGCCCUGCAUGAUGCAGACACCGUGUUAUGCUGCAUUGCUGAGAGAGCCUUUAUGAAACGUUUGGAGGGCGGAUGUAGCGUCCCUGUCGCCGUCAACACCAUGCUGAAAGAUGGCCAGUUGUAUUUGACAGGAGCAGUCUACAGUUUGGAUGGAUCUGAUAGCCUGAAGGAGACUAUGCAGACCAGUGUUAAUUAUCCCCAGCAGAACGAAGAUGGACCGAACGAUGACGUGCAGCACGUUGGCAUAACGGCCAAGAACGUCUCCGGUCAAGCCCAGGAAGCUGCAGAGAACCUUGGUGUUGAACUAGCUAGUUUGCUUCUGAGCAAGGGAGCUAAGCAUAUCCUUAGCGUGGCAAGGCAGCUCAACGAUGCCCGCUGAACCUGUGGUGCGGUCGGCACGAUUGCUACAACUUGAGCAAGUCUUUGCAGCUCCUGUCGUCCUCCUUUGGAGGAAGGGAUUUAUUUAAGCGUUCACACCGGUCUUACCUGAUGUUUGGGCCCAAAAACUUGAAAUAUGAAGUUGACUAACUUGAGUAGUUUAUGCCGUUCAGGGUUUUCAUCCCUCUCUGCAUUUCUCUAAAUCGCAAAGCGUCUCUGAAGUUUUUUAACC